AUGAACGACUCCUGCUCACGUGCCCAGGAAGAUUUGGCGAAUGAUGAUAUCAUCGAGAAAUGCUUGGAGGCGAAGGGAGGACAGCGGCAGCUGAUUAUGAACAACUGCCAAACAUCUCGCAAAGAGGUGGAGCUCUAUUCAUCUGCAGGAAAGCCUGGAAAGCUCGUGCAGAUUCCAGAGGGCCAAGUGAAGAGCCUUUGUACCGCGGCUCGAACCAUCUUUCUGGACCAGAGUCCUUUGUUGGAGCUCGAGGCGCCAUUGAAAAUCUGCGGCGACGUGCACGGUCAGUACCACGACCUCCUGCGGCUUUUUGAGUAUGGUGGUUUUCCUCCGGAGAGCAACUACCUCUUUCUAGGCGACUAUGUGGACCGUGGCAAGCAGAGCUUGGAAACCAUCACCCUGCUUUUCGCCUACAAGGUGAAGUUUCCUGAGAACUUUUUCUUGUUGCGCGGCAAUCAUGAGUGUGCAUCCAUUACUCGCAUCUACGGCUUCUAUGAUGAAUGCAAGCGCCGCUACAACAUCAAAUUGUGGAAGCAGUUCUGCUCCAUGCCUGUGAAGCGCAUUGUGCGCCCCACAGACGUGCCUGAUACCGGAUUGAUUUGUGAUUUCCUGUGGGCCGAUCCAGACAAGGAGAUCACUGGGUGGGCCGAGAAUGAUCGUGGAGUGUCCUUCAUUUUUGGCCCCGACGUAGUAAGCACCUUCUUGCAGAAACAUGACAUGGAUUUGGUGUGCCGGGCGCACCAAGUUGUGGAGGAUGGCUACGAAUUCUUUGCCAAGCGCCAGCUGAUCACUUUGUUCAGUGCUCCGAACUAUUGUGGGGAGUUUGACAACGCGGGCGCCAUGAUGUCUAUUGAUGACACAUUGAUGUGCAGCUUCAAGGUGCUGAAGCCAGUGAAGAAGAAAUAA